AUGAGAAGCCCCAGUUCCAGAGCAGCACAUAGCGACAAGAAACACCACGACUCCCUCUACCCAUUCCGCAAGAUCCUGAUAUCUAUUUGCACGCUAUGUGUCCUCGCCUACGCACUCUACUACAAAUCUGCCCACGACAACUUGAACACCAACUCCAGCGACAUGUCGGAGGCGGCAUACAUCCCUUCGGCGAAGGCUCCACUCGCCGUCGAGAAGACUGAAAUUCCAACCCUCGAGGACAAUGAAGUACUCAUCAAAAACGAGGCCAUCCCCCUUCAGCCUAUCGACGCAAAGCAAGCCCGCAUCGGGUUCAUCCCACCACAGUACCCGGCAAUCCUUAGUUCGGGUGUCGCUGGCACGGUCGUCGGGUCCAGGAACCCAAACUUCAGCAAGGGCGACCGAGUCCUCUCCCACACCCAUUCAAACACAAAUACUUCGUCCUAG